AUGCCUACGACGACCACGGCAGCGGCGGCGGCGGCGGCGGCGGCGGCGACGACGACGAUGCCCUCCAUCGAUCAGCAGCAGGCCCAUCCGCAGCAGGAGCCUCCCGAAUUCAUACUCGACGUCUUUGCGGACCCUCGCUCCGUCCGCGACGUCGUCAAAGGCAAGUCGGGCGACGACAAUGGCACCCGCAUCCUGCACACCAUCUUCUUCACCCGCUUCUUCCCCUCCCUCAACCCGCGCACCCGCGAUGUCCUCGACCUCACCCUCCCCUACGUCGACGACGACGAGCUCGAGACCAUGAUCGAACAGCGCGCCUCGGCCCUCGAGCGCGAGCUCGAUGCCGACCGCAACAACCCCUCGGCCAGCAGCGGCGGCGGCGGCGGCGGCGGACGAGGACAGGUCACCGUCCAAUUCUUCGAGAAACGCCGCCGAAAGGCCUGGCUCUCCCGCGGCGACGAGGAGGUCUGCUGGGAGUGCUGGACCGUCAAGGUCACCGUCGCCGAGCCGCGGACGGAAAGCGGCACGCCAUCCCCUCCCCCCCCCCCGAUAACUCGUCGCCGGCUGACCGUACGCCGGCCGCAUGCAGAACGCGCCAAGGUCCGUCGCGCCAUGGAGCAAACCCUCCUCACCACGGCCAUGAAGAUUGUCACCUUUGCCAACGCCCACAAGGACCACAUCCCGCCGAUAACCACGCAGGGCGGCAACCCCUUCCCCUUCAAGAUCAGCGUCGACCAGAAGGAAACGGGCUGGGCGGCGCGGAUGCGCAUCUACUGA